CCAUCUGUGCUUCGCAAUAAGCAAUGGAUGAUCAGGCAAACGUACACCCUAUUGCUUGCGAGUCGUGUAGAAAUAAGAAAACCAAGUGCGACCGUGAUCUUCCUCGGUGCACACAAUGCAUCUCUACUCGAACUAACUGUCAAUAUCCGCCAGUCAACAAAAGGGGACUGCCAUCGGGCUAUAUAACAUUCAUUGAGCAGCGUCUUCUUGAAACCGAGAUAGUCGUGCUUGAUCUGCUAUCCGCAAUUUAUGACGGACAUCAGAAUUCGAUUCCUCCGACAGCGCCCGGUGACGAUAAGGCGAUAGCAGAACUUAGUGCAAAGCAAUCUAAACAGGAAAAACUGGAAGAAUGGAGACGUUUUCCAUUGCAUACGGAACUUGAACGCCUAAAGUGGUUCGAAUAUAGGCGACGAUUACUACACGGACAGGACGUACCAGCACAAGAGCUUGUUUCGCAGGAUUACAGUAUCCAGCAAGCUCCCCUGGAGGCAAACGUAUCAGGGCAAAACUACCCUACGUCUGAUCUUUCAAAACCUUCAGAUUUGGAACCAUUUCGCGGCGAAAUCGCCAAUCACCUUGAGCCUAGAGCAGUAGACCCAAAUAAUCAAAUUGUGCCAUCAAUGUCGUCGAAUGACCAGGCACUACUUGAUAUGGAGCCCCUGUACGAUAACACAAUAUCGAAUACCUCGCCCUCAUACAUUGCGCCGAUAUUGGAGGUCGGAGAGCAGCCCGAAGUACAUGAAGGUACUGUGGAAGCGCCACACGGGCUCACCAAUGAUCGCUGGCGUAAGUAUUUCUGAAGAAACCAAUCCAACUCAACAAGUGUGUUUCUACCACACAUUGUGGACUUCAGAAGUUCAGUCAUAG